UCUAAGUCCAAACUAACCGAUGGUUACCUUUUGUACGUGACAAUUCGAAAGAUUGCAAACCUGUUGUGGAAUCGAAACAGCAGGCUCAAGGAACUGGUAUUACUGGCAUUGACCAUUUUAUCGAACUUCGCUUUCACAAAAAAAGGUACUUUUAAAUUCUGCUCAUUUUGAAAUAUUCAUAUAUGUACAGGAAACCAAGAGAAAGUAAUGUCCCAUAAUUCUCUCUUGGGGAAACCUGACCAUUCUCUCCUCCGGCGUCAGGCAUUUACCAUACAUUUAAAGAAGGAAGAAAGGAUUACCGUUUCCAGAGACGGAGAUACGUCAUAUCAACCGCUCACGAGAGACGACUUUUCUGUGGGUUGCCGUUACGCGUGAAAUACACGAUGCUUCCUAAAUGGCUGUUUCUGCUCCUUUCACUUUAUUUCGCUGUGCAGAUGGAAGCUGGAUCGAGUUUGGCCUGCAUAUCUCUUGGAGAAUCCAUCAAUGCCUCUAGUGGUCACAUUUCCAGCCCCAAUUUUCCCAACAACUAUGAUUCAAACAAGAAUUGUAUCUGGAAUAUCACGGUACCCGAUGGGAAAAUCAUCAAACUGACUUUUUUGAACUUUACCCUGGUAAGGGGUGAAAACGAUGACUGUGCUGGAGCGGCAGCAGAAAGUGCCCGAGUCUUUAUCACAAACGUUGCCUCUCAUGGAGGAAAACCUAAUGACUUUAAGAUCUGUGGACAAAAGCUACCCCCUCCAGUGUACUCCGAGGGAAAUUUCAUUCAAGUGAGAUUUGAAUCUCGCACCGGCUCUGUAAACAAAGGGUUCAAUGCAACCUUUAAGGCGAUAGAUGGAGAUUCACUGUGCCCAACAGAUAUGAUCCUCGACGAAACAUCAGGUUCUCUCUCCUCUCCCUUUAAUCCAAGAAACUAUCCAUUCAACCAGACAUGUAGCUGGAAUAUUACAGGGAAACAAGGAUACCGUGUUGAGCUCACAAUACCAGACUAUAAUCUUGAACGUUGUGGUGGCGCUGCUUGCUCGUGUGAUUAUAUGGAAGUUCAGAAUAGCUUCAGUGAUAAAGUGCCGCCUGGAAAACUAUGUGGUACACCAAGGUUUCCUCCUCUCAUAUUUUAUUCACUGCACGAAAGCCUGAGGGUGGUGUUUGUGUCCGAUGAUACAAACAUGGAUUAUGACGGAUUUGGGGCAACUUACAAGCUGUUGAACUACAGUCCUCCAAUUUGUCCCAAGGAGGCAAUCCCUCUCUCAGGCAGCGGCAAAAUAAGCAGUACAAACUACCCAAAUAGUAGCUACACUGCGUCUACAAAUUGUACCUGGAACAUUACCGCGCCAGCUGACAAAAUUGUCAAGUUUACGUUUACUGACUUUGUCUUAAGUGAGUGUUCAGCCAAUAAUUGUUCGGAUUCUUGUUCUUAUGUGGAGCUUUAUGAUGGUGGGUCAACAAGUUCGCCUUUGCUGGGGCGAUUUUGCCAGGGGUCGUCUUGGAAUGAGACUCAGUUGUCGAGUGGAAACCAAAUGUUUGUGAUGUUCCAUCCUGGAAAAGCAGUUGCUCGUGGAUUUGAAGCGAAAUAUGAAUCCACAACGACCGGUGUAAAUUCCACAACAGCUGGAAGUGCGGCCACUGUCGUCACUUCGUUUGUUAAGCCGUUUGUUAGUCCGUCAUCGCCAGUUUUGCCUCUGUCGUUCACAUCCCCUAGUUCAUCUUCUGCUAAACGUACAGCAUCACCGUCUGUAAUGUCUUCCUCAGUCUACUCAUCUGCUUCUCCAACUUCGUCUGCUUCUCCAACUUCGUCUGCUUCUCCAACUUCGUCUGCUUCUCCAACUUCGUCUGCUUCUCCAACUUCGUCUGCUUCUCCAACUUCGUCUGCUUCUCCAACUUCGUCUGCUUCUCCAACUUCGUCUGCUUCUCCAACUUCGUCUGCUUCUCCAACUUCGUCUGCUUCUCCAACCAGCAAAUCAACUGUCCAAGUGACAGGUUCCCCAAGUCCCACGCAAACCAGUACGACUCGGCCACGUCAGACCGCUAAAGGGAAAACUAUCGGGCCAUUGGAGGUAGUAGGAUUCUGUAUCCUUGCAGUACUUGUUGCCGUUGUUGUUAUUUUUGCCAUUUAUUACGUAGCCUGUCGAAAGCGGGAGGAAGACGAAGGCUCGAACGAGCCGAUGGUUGACGUACCUGCACGUAAUUCAGCUAAACCAAAAGAAACGGAAAUUGGAAUAACUCACGACGCAUUUGUGGGAGACUCAAAUAGUCCAACGAAAGCUUCUGCUUUUAAACCGGAAGCCAUGGCUCCAGUACCGGAAGUUAAAGUUCAAGAACCAGCAGCAAAUGCUUCGGAGGUAAAACCAGAUAAUAUGGAAAGUAAAGAAACUGAGGCCGACGUCGAUGGCACUUAUGACAGUGCGUUGUAAGAACAAGAAGAAAUAUUUUGAAAUUAUUUUAAAACCAAUUAGAAAAUUCCCUCGACUGGUAUCAAAAUGUCUCUUUCAUCACGAGUAUGCUACAAGGCUACCGCUCUACAUGAUGCAUAACUUUUUCUGAACAUUCCUAGACUUAUAAAAGUUUACAACACUAAACCUUUUAACACUUAAACACCAGGAAGUGAUCAAUUUGUACCUUCUUCUUACAAUAUCUAUACAUUAUUCAACCGACGCGUAAUGAAAAGAGACAAACGAACCAGCUAGAGGGUGUUUUCUUGAUAAAAUACCAUAUUCUCUAAACUAGCUCCUUUGGGAAAUGUAAGGCAGCUAGAAACGAGAAAUACAAAUCAAAUUUUGGGACGGUAGCCUGCAUUACUUGUUGUAUUAUCCAUUAUAUUACUUAGUUGUCCUUAGUUCAUAUAAGGCUGCCACUUCUGGACCCCUGGAUGUAUUGUUUCAGCAUAACUAUUGGCAUAAAUUGAAUAAACGAUCAUAAUUUUUGCUCUUAUGAUAACCUGUAAUUGGGAAUUCUCCUUUUUUUCGGGCAGCGCGAAAGCAUAGUGUGUUGCCCUGCUAAACUUUUAUUCUCUUUCGAAAAAGAGAGCGCUUAAUCACACAUAUUUAGUCCUUUCAAAUGAACCAUUAUCAGGUUUUAACCUUUAACUCCCAUGAGUGACCAAGUCAUAAUUUCUCCUUACAAUAUCAAUACGAUAUCAAUCAGAAAAGUGACGAGAAUAGAGAAAUAAAUCAAUUUAGGGAUUAUUGUUUGAUCCAAUACUAAAUUCUCCAAACUAACAUCACGAGAAUUGUAUAGCAGACAGUAAGGAGAAUUUCAAAUGGCAUCUUGAGAGUGGAAGGGUUAAAAAUAGCUGUACCUUGUUUGAUCUUUAAAAGAUCGAUCGAGUUCAUGUGUAGAUGUACACUUUGUUUUUUAUAUAUUUCAGCCUUGUAACAAUUUUACCUUUUAACCUUUUGUAUUUUUACUUAUGUACUCUAAUAACGGGACCCCCUUUGAUACCAGCGCUUAUUACACUGACGGGGUUAUCCUUUAUAAUAUUAUCAUUAUCAUUAUUAUUUUCGUUCGCCUUGUGGAGGGAGAGUGUUAUCACAUUACUGCCUCUUUCGUUGCCAAGGGAAAAGGUGCCGACAGACUUAUAUUAGUUCACAAUAACCCCUAGCUGACGCCCUAACAUCAGUAUGCAUAUUCCCCAUACAUUCCCUCAGGUGCUGACAAGGAGAAUUUGUUUAAAGAUCGAGAAUUUCUUUGGUUGGUGAUCAUUUCCUUUAUUCUUGUGAUCUUGGUAUAUGAAUCAGGGGUGGUAUUGUGAGGAGAAGUAAGAUGUUAGUCACUCUUACUGGCGGUACGAAGGGUUCAUUGUUAUACUAUUUACAUCCUCACGUUUUUUUGCCCAUUAAGUCACGUCUUCUAUUCUGUUGUGAAGUCCAGUAGUUAAAAAUAUUUUGUAAGAGCAAAUGUGUAAAUUGUUAGCAAUAGAUAUAUGAUUUUGGA